CUCAUCACAGACGCCAGCUUUAAAGAACAGUUUCUCAGUGCCCAUAAUGAGUAUCGGAGACAGCAUCAGGCACCCGCCCUGACGAUGAGUGAGGACCUAUGCAGCUCAGCUCAGGCUUGGGCCAAUCACCUGCUGUCUACAAAAGCCCUACAGCACAGCAACACAAAUAACGGAGAGAACCUUUACUAUGCAUGGUCCUCCGAUACUAAGAAUCUAACAGGGAAAGAAGCUGUGGACUCAUGGUACAGUGAAAUCAAAGACUAUGACUUCAGUAACCCCAGAUUUCAAUCCAAUACAGGACACUUCACCCAGGUUGUAUGGAAAGCAACAACAGAGGUUGGUGUUGGCCUUGCAACAGACGGAAAUACCGUUUUUGUUGUGGGCCAGUACAGCCCAGCUGGAAACAUGACUAAUGAGGGAUACUUUGAGAGAAAUGUACUGCGCAAAGGUAAUCAUGAUAGGGAAAACAUAAGGGUAGCUCAACAGAAAGAGGAAACAGUGGUGGAUGACGCCCUUAUUAGUGAGUAA